CGCGAACCCGCGCUCGCCGUUUCAGCGACGGGCGAAGGGGGUUGAGGAAAGGAUCGAGGAUCCAGGUGUAGGAAGUUCAGGCGCGCCCGGCGGCUAUAGAUUGGGCAGCAGGUGAUAAUUUCAAGAUGCCUGGGCGUUCCAGUUCAAACUCGGGCUCCACUGGAUUCAUAUCCUUCAGUGGUAUAGAGUCUGCUCUCUCCUCCUUAAGAAACUUCCAGUCCUGUAUCAGCUCUGGAAUGGACACAGCUUCUAGUGUUGCUUUGGAUCUUGUGGAGACCCAGACUGAAGUGAGUAGUGAAUAUAGUAUGGACAAAGCAAUGGUUGAAUUUGCUAUGAUGGAUCGGGAACUAAACCAUUACGUAAAGGCUGUCCAAUCUGCAAUAAAUCAUGUGAAAGAAGAACGGCCAGAAAAAAUCCCAGAUUUAAAAUUAUUAGUAGAGAAGAAAUUUUCGGCCUUACAGAAUAAGAAUUCUGAUGCAGACUUUCAAAAUAAUGAAAAAUUUGUGCAGUUUAAACAACAGCUGAAGGAACUAAAGAAGCAAUCGGUGAAACCUACAGAAGAUGGAAGAUACAAUGAGUUCGACCAGAUUAAGGAUAAGGAUGCAAGUAGAGCAGGCAAUGAACGAGAUGGUCUUCAAGCGGACAGAGAGGCCGACGGAACAGAAGGAGUGGACGAAGACAUGAUCGUGACCCAGAGUCAGACCAAUUUCAUCUGCCCCAUUACGCAGUUGGAAAUGAAGAAGCCAGUGAAAAACAAAGUGUGUGGCCACACCUACGAAGAGGAAGCCAUUGUUCGCAUGAUUGAGUCCAAGCACAGGCGGAAGAAAAAGGCCUGCUGCCCUAAAAUUGGCUGCAGCCACACAGAUAUAAGGAUGUCGGACCUCAUCCAGGAUGAAGCCCUCAGGAGGGCAAUUGAGAGCCACAACAAGAAGAGGCACCGCCAUUCGGAGUAAGAAAAUGCCUCCGCCCGCGGGGAGGUCCGCAGCGCCUCGCACGCCAGCCGCCCGCUCAGAGCCGUGCUUCUCGGGGCAGCGAGGGACCGGCCGCGCGGCCUUCUUUGGGGUACAACUUGGUUUUAAGUGUGAUUGAAAGCAAUUUUUUUAAAGUUCCCCCAGUAACAAUGCAAACACAUUGUAUACUGUUUAUUUUUAAGAGCUGCGUAAUUUUGAAUAAAGCCUUCAUUAUCUAC